AUGAAGGCUUUAACUUCAUCGGAAACUCCUAAACACAAGUUAGGAAGAAGGAUGUCAAAGCGUCUGAUGGAGAGACGCAGACGGGAGCGCAUUAACCACAGUUUGGAGACUCUGCGACUGCUAAUGCUGGAAAACAGGCACAGUGAAAAACUGAACAAUCCCAAGGUGGAGAAGGCAGAGAUUCUGGAGAGCGUUGUGGAAUUCCUUCAAGCGGAGAAGGAGAUGGGCAAAGGUCAGGAGGGGCCAAAGAGGGCCCUGCAGGCCAGCAGCGGACAGACGCCGGCGUGCACACGCCAGAACAGCUAUCAGGAAGGGAUCAGGUCCUGCCUGCUCAAAGUGGGCUGCUUCAUAGCCAACAAGAGCCGGGAGCUGGACGAGCCUGCAGGCGCCACCACAUCGUCUUUUGCGCUCCCCGAGCCCCGGACGCGGCCUGCAGCCUCCCCGGGGCGCGUCCACCCCCCGCUGGGGUCCAGUCCUGCAGCCCACGCAGGUGCUCCGGCUCCUCAGCACGAACUCAGACGGCAGGCGGACCUCCACUGCGACACCAGGAAGCUGCUCUCCCCCGCAGCAGUCUCCGCGCACAGCAGCGAUCCCGUGUGGAGGCCCUGGCCUCAGUGA